GUCGCCACUUUAUUUGUGUGCGCGGGGAGCGAUGGCGGCGGCGACCAAGGACUUUUCAGCGCUGGAUGCGCUGAACGCCCAGGUUGAGGGGAGCAAAGUCGAUGUGCUGAAGAAGCGGAUUGAGGAGCUCCAAGCUGAGAACGAGCACCUGCGGUGUCUGCAUCAAAAAAACGAAAAGGAGACCCACGAGUUCGUCGCGUACUUUCAACGGGAGCUAGGGGCGCGUGAAAAGGUGACGGCGAAGCUCAGCGAAGACCUGAGCGAAGCCAGGACGAAGUUCCAUGAUGAGACAGAAGAGAUGAAGGUCAAGUACGACGUCGACACUAAGCACCUCGUCCAGACGUCCAAGCUCGUCGAGCACACACUGUCCGACAAGCUCAAGAUCGCCCAGGAGGACCUGGCCAAGCUCGAGCUGUUCCGGGACAUGAAGGAGUCGCUGGAGAAGAAGCUGCAGCAGCUCACAGACACUCUCGACAGCGAGCGCGUCGCGCACAAGGAUGCCAUCGGGAUGAUGGAGCGCAAGUUUCUCGAAGAGAAGGCGCGCCACCAGAAAGACACGGACAAGCGCAUUGAAAAGAUCAAACAGCAAUCUCGGGAAGAUGCGCGGAACGUUCUCGACGCCGACACACGCAAGAUUGUGACCGACAACAAACGCAUGGGCGAGGAGCUGCGGUUCCAGCUGCAAACGACGGAGGAACUGACCAAGGACAAGAUUGCUCUCGAGCACCUCACCAAGUCGCUCAAGUGCGAGAUUCAAGUCCAUGCCGACAAAGAGCUCGAGUACGCCAAGUACGGCCAAAAGCAGACGCGCGAGAUCAAGCAGCUGCAGGCCAAAGUGAAGACGCUGGAAAAGUCGCUGUGCCAAGUUGUGCAUGCAUUUGAAAAGGAAAAGGUGCUGCUAGCGACCAAGACCGAAAAAGAGCUGGACGACGUGAGCUUGGAUGCAGAUGGGCUGCGCAAGCUGCUCAAGCUCAAGAACAAGGAACUGCGCAACAUGAAGCGCCUCGCCCAAACGAUCCUGGACCAGCGCACGGACGUCGAGCAAUUCUUUUUGGACUCGCUUGACAUGGUGAAACAACAACUUGUGGACGAAAGGAAGCGGACGGCGGACGCCGAGAAGGUACAGGAUGCCAAGCUGGUAGGUAUCCACAUAAACGCCAGACGCAUUUACAGCGACCGACCGCUUAGACGCCUGCCGAGAGAGGCCUCAAGUUUCCUCGACUCAAGACUCGUUCCAGUGCAGGCAACCAGCAGCCGCCGCUCGGUCCACGAGAUAAAGUCGACUUGCGCGCAUUGACAUGGGAGGUACGCCAUGGCGCAUACCUUCACCGGUUGUGCUUGGAGCAUGGUGGGCGUUCAAGCGGUGGGAACUGCCCACGAGCAGGUUCACGAUGGCCGGGGCCGUGAACUGAUGCUUCAUGACACAGGAACGGGAGCGCGUGCUGCGGCUCCUCUUUGCCAAGAUCAACAGCAUCCAGGGUUUCUUGGACGUGCCGCCACCGCUGGACGAUGCCCGAUCAAGUACAUUCGACACACCCUUUAUCACGGAAGUAGCGGAUCCGUCAGGUCCGUCGCUGCCACGUCAUUUCCCUUCACGACCGCCAACGCAUGCCGCGACACCUUCAGAUGGGUAUUGAGCCAAAUGCAUUCCAUGUUCACCCCUGUAUGUCGUCCGUGAUGCCCUUGCAAGUACCCCCGAUGUUUAUUCUUCACGGGACGGGCAACCCACACGCACAAUACAUCGCAUUGCUUCGUGA